AUGCGUAAACACCCUGUGUUCUAUGUUGGCUUACUCAAGCCGUACCUUAACCCGUCCUCGGUGGACUUCGAGGGGUUUUACCCAUUACCCCGGCCAAAGGAGGCGGAUAAUACGGCACCGGAGGUGCAUAUGGGCGAUGGAGGCGUACCAGGAGGUCAAUUUGACACCGAGGCUCUGCGAGAGAACGUUUCAUUGCUGCGAAGCGAUCAAGGGUCUCUGAGCGAUAACGCUCAAAAGAGUGACAGUGUCGAUCGACACGGUCAUCAGAGACGACAGGGGGGGGGUCACCAACCCAAAAGCAUCGCGCUCCAAGAUCGUCAGCAACGUUUGACUCAAAGCGAUCUGCAACAGUCUCACGCUGAGCGCCUCUUGACGCGACGUCUUCACCAGGGUAAUACCCAGUACCAGGUGAAAUGGUGGGAUCGCCCACAUCGUGGGAGUACGAGGCAAGAUGCCCGGACGUCGCUGACGUAUUUGACCGGGACGAUCAGAACUGGCGACAGCAGUCUCCGGACGCUUCCUCGCACUAGGUGCUGUUGA